CAUAACGUUUUGGAAAGAUAGAUUUUAUAAUUACUUAAUUUUUAAAUCUUGAACACUUUGGAGUGGAUUUAUCUUAAAUGAAAGGUUUAUAUUGUGAACUGUACAUAUUGGUAUGGGCUGGAAUUCGGUAUGAUAGUUAAACCUGACAACGUGUAAGGAAUGGCCGUAUCAGGACGUAAACAAAUAGACCUGCUAGGAUCAGUAGCAGCAGGAUCAGCAGAAGACUUUGAUCACUGUUGUGAGCCAUGUCUUACCACAGGUCAACAUAUAGAAGCUCACGGGUUUUGUGUCACUUGUCAAGAAUACCUUUGUAAAAAUUGCCACGAUGUCCACAGAAAAACCAAAGUCUCACGAAAUCAUCAAAUUUUGCAGCGUUAUGAUUUUGAUAAGAUUCAAACUACAAGAAAAUCAAACAAUGAAUGCACUGAAAUGUGUCAAGUUCACGAAAAAGAAAUAAUCAAAUUUUAUUGUCCAUCACACCAUGCACUCGUAUGUAAUGAUUGCAUAGUUUUAGGACAUAGAACAUGUAAAGUUGAUUACAUACCUGAAAAAUGCGUAGGUAUCGCAGAUGGGACGGAAUUCGGUGACGUCAUGCAAAAACUGGGAGAAAAAUUAAAGGAAGCUUCAGAAAUUUCGAAGAAGGCUAAAAGCAGUAGAAGCAAUAUAAAUGAUUACAGUAAAGAAAUCAUCAAGGCGAUCACUGAAUUCCGAAAAGAAAUAAACGACCGCCUUGAUCUGAUGCAAAAAGAUGCUUUAAAUAAUGCCGAGGAAAUAAAGUCCAACAACAACAAAAUUAUUCAGCACGUCCUUGAUACAUGUGAAAAUACGAUUUCCGGUAUAAAAUGCUUGCAAUCAAGUCUACAUGCAAGCAAAUCAAAUCAUGAAGACGGUCAACUGUACAUUGACAUGAAGCGGGCAGAAUCUACACUAAAAUCAUAUGAAUUGAAUGACGCAGAACAAACGUUAAUGCAUACCAAUAUGCACUACUCAUUUCAACGAAAUUCUGAACUGGAAACAUUGUUCUGUAAGAAAAUGGUCUUCGGUGAGAGUGUCAAUCAUUCUCGUCAUGAAUCGACAAAAGUUAUAAAAGCUGUUGAUCGUCUGAUUGAGAAAGGAGAUAUCAAUGUUAAAACGUCAUCAGAUAAGAUGACCUGUCAUAUCACAGGAUGUGCAGUACUCAACACAAAUAAACUAGUUCUAGCUGAUUGGGAAAACAAGAAGGUAAAAUUGAUAUCUAUAGAGAACAAACGUGUACAAGAAGAGAAAGCUCUAGACUCAGGGCCAUGUGAUAUUGCUGUAAUGUCUCAGGAUCUGUUCGCUGUAACAAUGCCGUAUAUCAAAGAAAUAGUGGUCAUGACAACAGACGACAAGCUAUCAUGUGUCCGCAGUAUUAAAGUGGAUAGGCAAUGCUAUUGUAUAGACUUUAAUCAGGAUUGUCUUUAUGUUGCUUGUUUGUCUCCUCCUAGUGUGAUUGUACUGAAUACACCAGGUGAUAUCCUGAAUAACAUCUCUCUGAACUUUCUUUCACCUGACUAUAUACCGUAUAUUGCUGUGAGAAAGGAUUCCAAACUUCUGUAUAUCAGUGACUUUGAUAACGACAAUAUAACGAGUGUAUCAUUACAAGGGAAAGUUACAGCUACAUAUAAACAUACAGAUCUUAGUGGACCAUGUGGAAUGUUGAUGUUAGAUGACGGGGCAUUACUUGUCUGCUGUUAUAAAAAUGGAACAAUUCAUAAAGUCAACGGAGACUUGAAGCAUGGGAAGAUAAUGUAUAAAGGUGAAGAUGGAGACCUUCUUCAAUCAAUAUGCCAUAGUUCACGCUAUGCUGAGAUCUAUGUUGGUUGCAUUGGAGACCAGUUGAAAGUUUUAAACACACAAUGAACACUGCAUUCAUUUUUCAUUGAUUUGAAAACGGAAGAGUGCAUAAAAUCAUGUGGUAAUUGUUCUUUAUUAUAGAAAAGGUACAAUUAUAAAAGAACUUACAGGACUUUAAGACAUUUAUUCCAUUAUUACUGUAACAUUUAAACUUGUAAAUUAUGAUUCAUAUCUUGAUCAAACUUAUAUCACAUUGAUUUCAAUGCACUGUAAUAUAAAUGGUUUUAUGUUUAACAUGUUUAAAAUAUCUAUGGCAAACGAUGAUAUUAUUGUUAGCUUGUCAAAUUGUUAGCUCUACAAAAUGAUAAUAUUUUAUGUUAGAAAAGGUUUAUUCCUUCGCUAAAUGUAUUGUAUAUAAUACGGAUGAAAGCUUUUAUAACCAAGACUGCUAUGAGGUCUACAUGAGGUAAUGUUAUAUUUUAAAUAUCUUAAACAUGACCAAAUAUCUUGUCAAAUGGCUUUAUAAGGAAUAUUUUUUAAAGCUACAGCACAAUUUAUUUAUUUAAAAAAAACAACUGAACACUGUUUGCACAUUUAAAGAAAACUGAAAAUUGUUUACAUAUUAAAGACAUUUUCUACAGUUUUAUGAAAAUUAAAUCCUUUCAUAGAAUUUUCUAAAUUUUUUGUAUGAUUAGUAAAAUUUAAUGACGAAUUCAAAAAUAAAAAGAAAAAUAUAUGUUGACGUGUUGGAUUUCUUGUAAAAUGGCAGUUUCCAUGGUAACCGUAUAUCUCAAAACUGUCAAAAUAGCCAAACUGUGUUAUAACAAAUAGAAAAUGUAUAAGAUAGCUUAAUACACACAACAAGCAUUGAUUUAUGCAAAGAUAACCUUAUCCAAUGUUUCUGAAUGAAACAAAUGAUAAUCUGAACAUAUUUCUUUAAAAACUGAGUUUUCCAUGUUCCUGAACCGAACAAAAAAUGAGAAAAAUAAACAUGAAUUCUGUGAAUAAUUAAAGAUAUUGAAAAAUUUCUUUCAUAUGAUUUUCUAAUUUUGUGUAAAAUUUAAUGACGAAUUCAAAACUGAAAAGAAAAAUAUAUGUUGGCGUGUUGGAUUUUUUGAAAAAUGGCAGUUUCCAUGGUAACCGUAUAUCUCAAAAUUGUCAAAAUAGCCAAAUUGUGUUAAAAAAUGUAUAAGACAGCUUAUUACACACACAAUAAACAUAAUUUUAUACAAAGCUUGCUUUAUCUUAGGGUUCUGAAUAAAACAAACGAUAAUUGGAACAUAUUUCUUUAAAAAAUGAGUUUUUCAUGCUUUUUAACUAAACAAAAAAUGAGAAAAAUAAACAUGAAUUCUGUAAAAAAUUAAAGCUAUCAAGAAAUUUCUUUCAUAGAAUUUUCUACAUUAUUGAUAUAUCAAGUAACAUUUAAUGGUGGAUUCAAAAAUAGAAAUAAAAAUAUAUGUUGACGUGUUAGUUUUUUGUAAACGGGCAGUUUCCAUGGUUACCGCAUAUGCCAACGGUCAAAAUUACCACGCUUUCUUAAGAAAGAUCAGUGAUAUACUAAAAGUAUUGUCGAAUAUACAACAAAAACAUGUUGUAAUAAAAAUUUCUUUUUCUUUUGAUGUUAUAUUAGGAAAAUGAUACUGAAUAUGUUUUUAAAACAUAUUUAGGUCCAUAUUAUUUUUUCACUCGACUAACAUACCCGAACAGUAAGCAAGUAUUCAGAAAUUUACAAAGAAAAUAAUGAAAUUCGGAACAUUUCUUAGAUAUUCAUUUUGAUUUUUAUUCAACACUUUUAAAAUAUAUCACUUUAAACUUCUUUGCCCAGUUGUCUGCCAGUAAUCAAGUGGCGACGCACUUUCGUCACUAUACCACAAGUGGGUGGGGUAACGCGCGCAGAAUUAUCAUCAAUGCUGUCGUACUAAUGCUAGGAGAAAUCCUUUAUCUGAUAUUGUCUAAACGACUUGUUAUUCUUUUGAACGGAUCUCCUCCUGAACAUUUAGAAAUAUCUAUUCUGUAUUUUUUACUCAUUAUUUGCUUAUAGCCGAAAUUUAAACACUUAUCCGAAUACUAUUCAACUUGACCUUCUUUUUGAAGAGUAAUUAUCCGUGAUUAUCUUUCUUGGAAGCGCAUAACGAUGCGCACAGAAAACUACCGAAAACGUCUUAAACAGUAGUCAUGUAUAUAGAUAAAAUAAACGUUAUGAUUACACGUGCGUAGUACUAUGUAAAUAAUAUUUUAUAUUGCUGCAAGCAUCACCGAUUAGCUUUCUUUACGAAAGAAAUAACGUUAAAAGAACAAAAUCAAAGUUGUUAAGUGUAAGUAUCCUAUGUGCUGAACCAAUGAUCAGGGUAUUAAAGAUUUUUUUGUAUAAUGUGAUACAAUACAGUAGUGCUUAUACUUACAUGCAAGAUAUAGCAUUUUUAAACCGCUAGUUUGUUGUUAUUAAAUGUCCGAUUUUAAAAAUUAUUAUCAAUAGAAAGAUGAGAUCUUAGCUUUGUCACAGUUUAUAAUUUAACAAAUCUUUUGACACAAAAUUAUUUAAAUUAACUGUUAAACCUACCAUAUGUCAGACCAUUUUACAUACGAUUUAUACAGUGAGAAACGCAACCGGUUAUCUUUACUCGAAACGCUACUGAUAAGAAUAGCUUGUCUUCUGCUAGAUCGGUUGCAAUUAUAACAGCUGCUGAAUCGGCUUUCCUGGAUAACUUUCCAGUAAUUAUCAACUUCCGACUACGUAUUUAUCAAAUAUUAUGAUUUAGCUGGAUGCCUUACAAGUAUAGUAGAAAUCCUACUUAUAUCCACCCGGCAUUAGGAGCACCGCGAAAUUAGGACCGUUACCCUGUUGAAACCAAAAGAGAUCACCCUUUGCCACCAGUAGAGAGCCAGUCCAGCCUGCACACCCAUACUAACUAACAUUAUAUUUUUAUCAUAGAAUUUGAAAAAUUUAUCGGUAAAUGAAAGUAAGAAUAGUUCAAUUCAGAAACUGAACAGUUUAAAAGUCACGUGGUGAAUACAAAGUCAUUAAGUGUUUUUGCAAUAACGUAAGAUAAAUCGUUAUUGAUUGGGUCAUUAAUUGGUUUGACUAAUUGAUUGGUAAGUGUAUAUUCAGGCUCACAGACAUGUACAUAAUAUUCUGAUCAGAUAUAUUUACACACAAUUUUUAUUUUCAUGUCAUAAAUUCUGAUCAGAUAUAUAUCACACACAAUUUUUAUUUUCAUGUCAUAAAUAUUAUAAGUAGUAAAUAGGACAUUUUCUAAUCAUGUCUAGUAGUUGAUUUUAACAAUUCCUAUUGUGAAUUGUUUAAGUAUAAGUUUCGUUCCGAAUAAUACGAAAGUAAAGUUAAUGAUCAUAUUGAAUUGAAAAGUUGCAUCCUUGAAAUAUGUCAUGAUGUGCUACCGUCAUUUAACGCAUCCACUAGUUUGCUCUUGAGAUUUAAAUUUCCAAGUUUUAAAAUGUCGUCCGGUAUUUUAAUUUGAUAUAUAAAAUCCUCUGUGGUAUACAUCAACACAUCUGUUUUCUAGCUCUGUCAAAACACUGCUUUUGUCAUUUCAUAAAUCACAUUCUUUCUUUUUUCUCAUUUUUUCAUCUUAAUUAGUAACAGGAAAAAUCAAAACCAUAGUUUUCAUGAUCACGUGACGUGUUUCCGUGACGAUUAUUCCAGUCUUUUCCUGUAACAACAGGUCUUGGUAAACGAACAGGUUGGACUUGGGAGAUUUCAUUUAAAAAUGAUUGCUUUCUCCAAAUCCUUUGCUGGAUACUAGGACCUUGGCUUUUGUUUCUGGUAACCUGUAAACACCACUGAUUGUUGGCAGAUAUGACACUUGUUUUUGGCUUUGCUGUUAAUA